UUUCUCUAGCCGUGUAAUAUCGCUAAUACUUCGAAAAAAUGGAAAAAUUGACGUUUUUCCUCUACGUUGUGGCCACCGUGGUUGCUGGUGCGUUCGUCCACGCGGCAAUUGAUAUGGAAAUUGAAAAUAGAGCCGUCGAUCGAACGAUAGAUCUGACGUCGCAGUUGGUGAAGAUUUCCUACAAAAUAACGCUAGAGCACAAAUCGAAGCAGCCCAUCAGCAGCUAUUUGUUCCUUGUGCCGGAAGCCGAUCGCGACCGGCUGGCUUUCAUAUCGGCGAAGGAUGCCUCGAAGAAGGAACUGAAGCUCACGGAGACAACCACUCCGAAGGGCGUAACGUUCAGCAUGACUCUGCCGGCCGGUGCCUCCAGUCCCGUCGUGUACAUCGAGACCGUGUUCACGAAAUCACUAAAACCAUUCCCGUCGGCCAUCGCACAGACCGACCGUCAACUGGUGCAGUACUUUGGAAAUGUUUACUUCUACUCCCCCUACCCAACGGUGACGCAAAAAACGACGGUACAUCUGAGUUCCCGGAAUGUGGAAAGCUUCACGCAGUUCAAACCCAGCGCCCAAGCCGACAGUACGAUCUCCUACGGCCCGUACGAUAACGUGGCAGCUUUCUCUCAUGAAGCCAUGACAGUCCACUUUGAAAACUACACUCCGUUCUUAACCGUGACCCGGCUGGAACGAACAAUCGAGCUAUCGCAUUGGGGUAACAUUGCCGUGGAAGAAACGCUCGAUAUCGUUCACUCGGGUGCCACGCUAAAGGGUGCUUUCUCCCGCUACGACUAUCAGAAGGACACCCGCUCGAAUCAACCCAGCGUGAAAUCCUACAAAACACUCCUGCCGGCGUCGGCUACCGGAGUUUAUUAUCGCGAUACGAAUGGUAACAUUUCUACCUCGGCGCUACGUACGCUGAAGGAUGCCGUCGAGCUAGAUUUGCGUCCUCGGUUUCCCCUGUUUGGCGGUUGGCGCACGCACUACACCCUCGGCUACAAUGUGCCGAGUUUUGAGUACCUGUUCCAGAACGGGGACAACUUCCUGCUGAAGAUGCGUGUAGUCGAUCACAUCUUCGACGAUAUGGUGGUCGAUGAGGUUGUGACGAAAAUCAUUCUACCGGAGGGCGUUAACAACAUUAAGCUGAUCGCUCCCUACUCGAUUCAGAGGCAACCGGAUUCGCUGCACUACACGUACCUCGACACUUUCGGACGUCCGGUGGUCACGUUUAGCAAGCGAAAUGUGGUCGAAAAUCACAUCAACGAUUUCAAUCUCAAGUACAACUUCUCCCGCGUGAUGAUGUUGCAGGAACCGUUGCUGGUUGUGGGAUUCCUGUACGUGCUGUUCGUGUUUGUGAUCAUUUGGAUGAGGCUAGACUUUUCGAUUAUCAAGGAGAAGGAACCGCAUCAGCAUAAGGAUUAGAGAAAUGACUAAAGAAGAAAGAACAGUAAAUCCUAACCAUCUUCUUUCGAUGUCACACAUUGUCCCUCCAAACUCUUGUGUUUUACCGUAUUUUUCACUAGGCGUUUCCAAAUUUGAGUUAACAUACCAAUAUAGCGCAAGUAUCUCAGCAUUUAAUUAGGCUAUCGAGAUAGUUCUAUUUCACUGCACGAUGUAAGGUUAGAUGUCUUCUUUCGUUACUUUGAACUGAUCGAAUAAUUCCAAUUGCGUUCAGCUAUUCAGAGAUGGGGCGUUGCGCUGUCUGAACAAAGUAGAAAAUAAAACAAAUUGAUAAAAUA